UCUUCCGCCGUCUGGGUCUUGGUAAGCUCCCAUGGGGCCUCCUUCCCCUUCUCAUCAUUGGCCAUAGCCAUUUGCCACGAGGUCAUCCCCACCACGCUCUAACCCACCUCUGCGCUCGCUAUGGACCUGUCCUCCUCCUCUGUUUCGGUUCUCGCCCUGUCCUCGUCGUCGCCUCCGCCUCCGCCACGAAGGAGUGCUUCACGACCAACGAUAUUUGCUUCUCCAACCGUUCCCUCCUCCUCUCCAGCCAACACUUCAACUACAACGGUACCACCUUCGCGGUAGUCCCCUAUGGCGCUCGCUGGCGCAGCCUUCGCCGCAUUGCCACCCUUCGUCUACUCUCCCCUGCUCACUUGGCCUCUUUUGCACCUCUGGCAAACGUCAGAUCGCUUCUUCGGAGCCUCAACCUCCUCCGCAGAACGUUGCUUCGUGCAAGUGAACGUCAGGUCCAGGUUGAUGGAGACGACGUUCGACAUGAUUGUGGAGAUGAUCACGGGAAGCAGGUGCUGCAUUGGGGAGGGCAAGAGGUUUGUACACAUGGCGGAAGGGGCUUUCCGGUUAAGCUCCAUUCCGAACCCUGCAGACUUCAUGCCGUUUUUGAGGUGGGUGGGGGUGAAUGGACUCCAGAAGCGAAUGCAGAGGUUGGAGAAAGAGAUAGAUGGUCUGAUUGAGGAGAUCGUCGACGAGAUACGAAGGAGGCGGACGAAGAAGGAAGGAAAGUGCACAGAGAGCGGUGACGCGGACAUGACUCUUGUCGUGGUUAUGCUUUCCAUGCAAGAGGAGAAUCCGCAGGUUUAUACAUAUAAUAUCACCCAAGGAAUGGUAGAGGUUCUGCUAUUAGCAGGAACCGAUACGACUUCUGUAAGCAUGGAAUGGGCAAUGGCGCUCUUCCUCAACCAUCCCGAAGCCCUGCAGAAGGUUCACGACGAAAUAGAGACUCACGUCGGUCAUCAGCGCCUGGUGGCGGACUCUGAUCUCUCAAACCUCCGCUACCUCAACAGUGUCAUCAAGGAGACUCUCAGGUUGUUCCCUCCGGGUCCUCUCCUGGUCCCACGCGAGUCGACCAUGGAAUGCAAGGUAGGAGGCCUCCACGUCCCGCGCGGCACGAUGCUGUUGGUCAAUGCACAUAUGGUCCACAGAGAUCCCGAGGUGUGGGCAAACCCUACGAGGUUCAUGCCCGAGCGGUUCGAGACCGAGGAAGGAGAAGGAUACAAGUUCAUUCCCUUCGGAGCUGGAAGGAGGCGGUGCCCGGGGCAAGCCCUGGCCGAAAAGACCAUGGGGCUGGCGCUGGCGUCUCUGGUGCAGUGCUUUGAGUGGAGGAGAGUUGGAGAAGAGGAGGUGGAUCUCAGUGAGAGCGAGGGACUCACCGCUCCCAUGGCUGUUCCCUUGGAGGCUUUGUGCAUGCCUCGCCAAGCCAUGAGAGAGGUCCUGUCACAACUCUGAUGAGACCUGCUUGGUUUCAUGAGUUAUGGAGUUCCCACGAGUGUCAUACUAUGCAAUGUUUUCUUCUCCUAUCUUCUCUCCAUGUG